UAACACCCUCUAGUUAUGGGUCUGUGCAGAAAUAUUAGAAGAUCGUGGUGGAUGUUUCUUGUUACUGUUCUACUAUCGGUGAUAAUGUUUCUACGACGAGACUUAAAUUAUUCAUUAAGCAAAUUUGAAGACUUGGAGAUGCUGUCAAUGUUCAAUGACGACUCAUUUCUGGAUUUUGUUUCCCGAAGUAACGUGCGGACGUUUUUAAGCCAAUCUGGAAAGUAUAUGAUAUAUUCUGAUAUCAAAAAAAGGAAAAUAGAAAUAGAACAUAGUGAUGUAACAAUAGUGACUCAUUGUUCUUAUUACAAUUUACGUUACCUGCUCGAUUUGGCGACAUUUUGGAACGGGCCAAUUUCGUUGGCAAUUUUCACCACAACCCCAACAAAAACAUUGAUUUUGAUUGACCUGCUAAGUCGGUGCUCGCCACAAAUAAAUAAUUAUGUCAAUUUCCACAUGGUGGUGCCCUUCACCGGACUAAAGUACAAAAAAAUUCAUUCGUUAGAACCGGACGAACCGAAUAUUCUUAAAAUUUUGAACCAUUUGAAAGAGGAAAAACAACAUUCUAAUUUAAUCUGCGAUAAUAUGGGUUCGUUAUUACAUAGUUUUGACAAUUUGGAAAAGAAUUAUGAAUUGAAAAGCUCGUUAGAUUACCCAAGCAAUGUACUAAGGAACGCAGCAUGGGAGUUAUCAACCACGAAGCACAUUUUGAAUAUAGACAUUGAUAUUAUACCAAGUAAAUAUCUUCGUUCAUUAUUGCGUGAAUUUUUACACCAGAUUGUACCCUUUUCUGAUAAAACUGCUUAUGUUUUACCGGUUUUUGAAAUUAAAUAUGGAGUUUUUUUAAAAAUGAAGACUCACUUUCCGAUAUCUAAAAAUGAGUUGGUGAAACUCACCCAAAAAAAUUAUGUACGCCAGUUUUAUCACGAUCCUUGUUUUUUAUGUCAAAAUUGUACAAAUUUUAAUGCAUGGUUCGAGACUAAAAGUUCAAAUCUUGAUGUCGUGGGUCAUGAGUUUUAUUUUAAACCCCCUUGUGAACCUUUCCUAAUAUUACCUAAAAAUGCACCUAAAUUCGAUGAGCGUUUUUUACAGUAUGGUUAUAAUCGUUUCAGUCAAAUAUGUGAGGUUCUCACUGCUGGAUUUGAUUUUAAAGUUCUUGAUAACGCUUUUUUGAUUCAUCUUGGAUUCAAAUCCAAUUCUCCCGACGAUUUCCACUUUAGAAAAGUUGAAGAGCAUGCGAAACAAAGUGCAAAAUUUCCUUCAUUUCUUCAAGAAUUACGAAAUAAAUAUCCGAAUAGUCAACAUUUUUGUUAAUAGUUUUCCCGAAACAAAUUUUUUGGGUACUCUCAAAGUAUCUAAACCAAGAUGGCGGACACCUGAACAUAGUAUGUGUACCAUGUUGUGGUUGGGCCAUAAUUCGAUU